AUGUCCUCAUACAAGGGCAAAGAAAAAGCCAAGCAAUCUCAAUACUCCAAUGCAGCCGCCGACUUUAACCAUCAAUUUGGACUGGACUUGGGCUUCAAUGCCACCUCGAUCUCUGUUGAUCCAUUGUUUGGCAUUGAUGUCCCAUAUAUGCAACCCUACCACAACAGUACUACAGCUCCCAACCUCCGCUUCACUCAGGCUGCUCCCAACUCCAACAUUUUUGCUCCCAACUCCUUCAACUUGCCCAACCUGUACUUUACUUGUCCCCACCCAUCCUUUACUUCUCCCACCCCCAACCCUGACUUCAAUCCAUCCAACACCAGCAACUUCACGCCACCCAACUUUACUCCACUCAACUGCCAGUGA